UCUAAGAUCCAGGAGGUGGCGUCCAGAAUGUAUGGCGGCGAGCUCCGGGCAAGGGAUCGGGCGAGGCAUCAGCGAGACCGGAGGCGAUUGAAUCCGUGAUAUCCUUGAUGAGGCCAGUGAUCAACAGCAGGGGCCGCGUGGUGGUGAGCUUUGGAAGGCACAAAGGCGAGGAGCUUGCGCGUCUCCCAGACAGCUACUUGCAAUGGAUGGCCGGCACUCUCCAGCAAGAUCAGUGCUCCAUCUGGGGAGCGCUCGCCCAGCAGGAGCUCGAUACUCGCACCAGCAGUAGCAGCGGCAAGGAGAGAGUCUCCGACGUGGUGGACGUGUUGGAGCGAUGGAGCGCGGACAAGCAGUUGGACAUGUUCAAGCGCUGCGGGGAGCCGGAGGAGGCCGUCCGUGUCUUUCUGGAUCAGAUGGAGAGGAGGAACCACUUCUCGUGGAACAUCGUCAUGUCGGCACAGCUGCAGCUGGAUCACAGUGGCGAGCGAGCCAAGCGGACCUUCGACCGGAUGCCAAUGUGGGACGUUGUCUCGAGGAACGUGAUGAUCGCCGCAUUUGCCCAGGGCGGUAAACCAGAGCAAGCAGCGCAGCUCUUCCAAGCUUGCGGCGAUGGUGGUCGCGACCGGGUGUCUUGGAAUGCAAUCAUCGCAGCUCACAGCCGCUGCUCUUCCACUGCCAGGCGCGCGUUGGAACUCUUUAGCCUCAUGGACGCCCAAGGUGACUACCACCCGCCCGAUGUCUUCACGCUCGUCAGCGCCUUCGAGGCCUCAUCUUCUUCUUCUUCGUCGUCGUCGUCGUUGUUCUUGAGAGUUUUCGGAAGAGCGCUUCACCAAGAGGUGGCGGAGCUUGGGAUCAGCGACGUAGCAGUCGGGAACAGCCUGGUGACCAUGUAUGGAGCGUGGAGGAGCAGCAGCAGCGCCAAGGCGGUGUUCGACGGCUUGAGCGGACGCGACGUCGUGUCGUGGAACGCGAUGCUGGCAGCCUUGGUCAGCAGUGAGGAGAUGGAUCUAGCAGUGGAGGCGUGGCACAAGAUGGCAUGCCACAACCUCGUCUCCUGGAAUGCUGUGAUUGCUGUGUGCUCUCGGCGGGGGGACUUGGCUGCUGCUCUGUCCGUCUUCGAGUGGAUGCCCGAUCGCGACUUGGUGUCGUGGAAUGCCAUCCUCUCGGCCUGUGUCCAGAACGGUGAAAACGAGCAGGCUCUUGAGCUCUGGGAGCGGAUGCAGCAGGACGCCGUCAAGGCCGAUAAGAUCACUCUCACCACGCUGCUGGAUGCCUGUGCAAACCUGGGACUGGAUGCGCUGGGAGCGUCACUGCUACAGUGCACCAUCAAAUGGAACAGCGGGGAGCCGGACGUCGUUGUGGCCAACGCGGUGCUCAACUUUCACGUCAGGUGUGGGAACGUGAGCGAUGCCAAGGCGGUGUUCGAGACGAUCAAGUACCGGAGAGACGUGGUGUCGUGGAGCAGCAUGGUGGCAGCGGUGCAUGACGACGUGGCCGAGGCUUUGGACCUCCUGCGGCUCAUGCUGCUGGAUGGAGUUGCUCCCAACAAGAUCACCAGCCUCGGCGUCCUGUCCGUGUGCAGCCAUGCCGGAGCCUUGGACGCUGGCUGCUCGUUCUUCCUGAGCUUGGAGGCCGACUACCACACCCGGCUGGCGCUGGAACACUACAUUUGCAUGAUCGAUCUCGUCGGCCGAGCAGGCAACUUUGAUGGAGCGCAAGAGUUGAUGCACUCGAUGCCGUUCGAAGCAGACAAUGUGGCAUGGAGGAUUUUGAUGGCCGCUUAUCUGCAAUAUUAUUCUGCCUAGAAAAAGCAGCAAAACGAGCUGUUUACCUCAUGACUCUAUACACGCCGACCGAUCGAUCGACAUGUUUAUCUA